AUGACUUUUGCAAACUGUGUCGGUGGUACUGCUAAAUUGAAUACUGGUUUCUCAAUACCUAUGGUUGGUCUUGGUACCUACAAAAUUGUUGGCCAGGAUGCGAUAACUAUGGCUACUGAUGCUGCUUUGAAAGCUGGCUAUCGUUUGUUCGACACAGCCAAGUAUUACGUGAAUGAACCAGAACUGGGCAUUGCCCUCCAAGAACUGCUCCCAAAGUAUAACUUGAGGAGAGAAGAAGUUUUCAUCACUACAAAAUUUUUCCUAGCCCAAACAAAUAAUGCUGAGCACGCAAGAAAAAUGGUAGAUGAGUCGCUGAGGAAUCUUCGAACAGAGUACCUCGAUUUGGUUCUUAUACACUAUCCGAAAGCUAAUUUAAGUAAGAACAAUGACCCACGAAAUCCAGAAAACCGUAAAGACGCUUAUUUGGAACUCGAGAAAUUAAAAGGAGAACACAAAAUACGAUCAAUAGGUGUUUCGAAUUAUGAAAUUAAGCAUAUUAAAGAGAUUCAAAAUUUCGGACAAAUGAUGCCUUCUGUAAACCAGGUGGAAUUCCAUCCUCAUUUCACUCGCAAUGAGUUAAGAGAUUAUUGCAAAAGAGAGGGAAUAUUUUUCCAGGCUUAUUCAUCAUUGGCAAGAAAUCAUCCAGAUCUCAUGUCUGAUUCCGUGAUUGUUGAAACAGCAAAAGCGCAUAACUCAACGUCUCAGGUUGAUGCUUCAAGUCUCGUUUUGUUAGCUUGGGCACUGAGUCUUGGUAUUGGCAUUAUACCGAAAUCGUCGAAUCCAGAACGAGUGAUUGACAACUUUAAGGUAGUUGAAUUGAAGCUGACAGAGGAAGAAAUUGAAAGAAUCACGCAGCUGGAUCGAAAU